CAGUGAAACAGUGAGAACGUGUUGGUUGAAGCUGGUCUAGAAGUCUGUAGAACACAGGUCACGUGGUAUAGUGUUUUCUUUAUCCAGGUGAACAGUAAAACAGACAUGUCUUUCCCAGUAGCAGCUGAACAGAAACUUCCCUACGUUUUUCUUGGUAGAUCAGGUCUCAAAGUCUCUAACUUGUGCUUAGGGACAAUGACGUUUGGUGAAUCAGCAGAAUCAGUCUGGCGUGCACCUGGACAGUGUGAUGAAGCAUUGUCUAUUCAAAUCCUGGAUCGUUUUGCUGAGUGGGGUGGUAACUUUAUAGACACUGCUGAUGUUUAUGGACAAGGCAAAUCUGAGGAGUUUGUUGGGAAAUGGCUGGAAAAACAAACCAGAGAAAACUUUAUCAUAGCUACAAAGGUUGGGUUCAACAUGGGAGCGAAAUACAACAUCAACAAUGUUGGCCUCAGCAGACGUCAUAUCACACAGAGUAUUGACAAAAGUCUAGAAAGGUUGCGUACUAGCUAUGUAGAUCUUUACCAGGCACACAUCUUUGAUGAUGGUACUCCUCUUGAAGAAACUUUCCGCACUUUUGAUGACUUGGUUCGCUGUGGCAAAGUUCGCUACAUUGGUGCCAGCAACUUUACAGGCUGGCAAUUGCAGAAGCUCGUUGACCUUAAUGAGAAGCUGGGAUUAAAUCCUAUAAUCAGUUUACAGCAACAAUACAAUCUUGUCAGCAGAGAGUCAGAACUGGAACCAUUCCAGGUGUGUAAAACAUCAGGUAUAGGAGUCUUACCAUGGAGCCCACUCAAAGGUGGUUUGCUUAGUGGAAAAGUGAAACGAGGACAGAAACCGGAGGAGGGUCGCAUGGCCUGGGUGGCAGAAAAUGAGUCAAGAGCCAACCAGGCAGUCCCUGCGUGGACCAGACUUGAUGAUAAAACUUUUGAUUUGAUAGAAGCGGGAGAAGCCAUUGCCAAAAAAUAUGGUCGAAGUCUAGCUCAGGUGGCCAUUCGCUGGCUGCUCCAAAAAGACGUUGUGUCCUCUGUGAUCAUUGGAGCGAGAAAUCUGAAACAGCUGGAUGAUAACCUUGGUGCAGGAAAUGGCUGGUCUUUAACUAAAGAGGAGAUGCAGCUACUGGACGAUCUGUCGGAAAUACAACUUCCAUAUCCCUAUGAUCUGGUGUUUCACGUGAACACCGAUAGACGCAAUGUCAAGGUCGCAGAAUAGUAUGUGCUUUCUGUCAGCAAAUAAAUUCCUUACAGUCAGUUUUUUUGUAAGCAGCUACAUACAUGAGUAGACUUAUAAAUGUAAAAAAAUAU